AAUUAUACAUUGACUUGUGUAAAUAUUCUCAACCAGAUGAAAAUUUUAUAAAAUAUCAUCAAGAGUUUAAAAAAUAUUUUAAGGGAUUUUAUUCGAUGGGUAGCAUAGCAGAAGCUCGAAUUGAAGGAUUUAUUUGUAGACUAUGUAGUCAAAUUGAUCGGAAUGUUAUUCAUAUAUAUACAGACGAAGGACUUCAGAAGAAGCUGGAACAAAAAAUUAAUGUUUAUUUAAAGAUAAAUCUGACAAGAUUUGAUCCACUACCGAAAGUAAUUUGCAUACCUUGUGAUGCUAAGCUUGAGCAACAUCAUAGAUUUAUCCAACGUGUUAUUCAAAAUCAGAAAAAGAUUCAAGCAGAGCGAACAGGAAAUCGUCCUAUUAAUCCUCAGCAUUUCCGUGUUCGAGUGUCACCAGUAGCUCGUGAAGAUGGAAGUGGAACUAACACAUAUAAUAUUGAAGCGAUCUCAUCAUCAGAAUCGGAAGGGUCAGAUUCAGAAAUCCGCGACAUUACAGUCAGCAACAACACCAGCAACUCAGCAGCUUAUGGCAACCAGCAAGUAGAUAAUGAAGAAGAUAACUCAGAAAAUGAGACACAAUCUGACAAUGAAUCAUCGUCAUCUUCCAGUAGUUCAGACGAGUCAAUGAACAACGAUGAGCCUUUAGUUGGAUUCUCGCCAAAUCUUGAGCCAGUUAAUGCAUCAUGGAGUAGCAGUGGAACUCACAGUUCAAGUAGCACUUCCGAUAGCAACCAAACAGCUCACGAACAGGAAAAAUGA